GACGCAAGCCGAGCUGGCCAUGGCAUUUUGUUUACCCGAAAGUGAAGUACGAAACGUCCGACUACGACUUCAAUAUUACUCUUUUUGGAGUGCUUUGGUUUGGAGAGAAGACAGUCUCGCAAAAUGAUAAGGGGGCAUUGGGUUAUCUGGUAAUUGGUGAAGUCUCACGUGAUUGUUCGCACCUAUUGCUAGGUAUUCGUUCCGACGCCGUUGCUUCUUCUCAAGUUUCCCAAAGUUGCUUCCUCUUUGCAUUGCAGCAUUCUGUAUUUUUGUUCCCACUUUUGCUUCGCUAUAGUCGCUCAUCUUUAUAUACAUAUUUCUAUUCUCUUCCGUUUUAUAUAUCAUUCUGAUUCCGCUGUCAAAUGGACCCCUCCAUCCUCUAUCAAAACGAUUCAUCUACAGUCAUCCUGAUCGACAUCUCCCGCUCCCUCGAAACAGCCCAACAUCUUUCACACCUAUCCUCACCACCAUCUCCUACCAUAAAUAGAAGAAUCCUCUCAACGACACCCCUCACUCACCCUUUUCCGUCCCUCGAGCCCAAAACCCCCAAAGGAAUCGCAAAUUUCAAUGCCCGACUCGGCCCUCCAUCUAUCAAAGAGCUAUUACUGAGGAAACAUGUUGAAUUUGCUUUGGAAGAGAUCCGGGACGGGCUUGACGGCGAGGAGUGGUGUUUGAAGAGAGUCGUUGAAAAGCCUAUUCCGGCCAGGAAGAGAGAGAGUCCAGAUAGAAAGACUUCCCCCAGGAGGAAGAAAGCUAAGCGACUUGCGGAUGGCGAUGCGUUGGAUUGCGGAACCCUACCUCCCAACGUCUUGACAUCGCCUCACUAUCUAGAGAGCCAGAUACCGGAUCUUGACCAGGACCAGAUCCAAAAAGUAGAUUUUCUCAACACCGACGGAUUAUUCUUCACCAACUCCUCCCUCCCCCCAAUAUCACUUACCAUCCAAGCCCCAGACUCAAGUCCAGGUCACCAGAACCACUACCACAUCCCACCACUCAGCACUAUCCUCUCCGGCUCCCUCCUCACCACCCUCCCAACAUUCGUCUCCUCGGCCCCGUCCCCUUCCCACUCCUCAAAAGGCUUCUCCCUCAUAACCCUCGACCCCCCCUGGCCCAAUCGCUCCGCCCUCCGCAGCUCGACAUAUACUCGUCUCUCGCGGAACAACACCUCAAUCUACUCUCUGCUCUCAAGUCUCCCGCUUCAAAAUCACUUAGCUGAGAAUGGAGUGAUUGCGGUGUGGAUUACGAACCGGGAGGCGUUUAGAGAGAUGGUGCUUGGUUCUGAAGGGGGAUUUGAUAAUGGGGAAUCAGGAGAAGGAGGGUUAUUCAGUCAGUGGGGUGUGGAAUUAGUAGAGGAAUGGGUAUGGGUGAAAACGACUGUGAAAGGCGAGCCGAUUUUUGGUCUUGAGGGUGGGUGGAGGAAGCCGUGGGAGGUGUUGCUUAUUGGGAGAAGAAAACCUGUAAAUUCUGCUUGUAGUACGGGAUUUAGUGAAGUUAAAAGACGAAUUAUAGCUGGAGUUCCAGACCUGCAUUCUAGGAAACCGAAUUUAAGGGGAUUGUUUGAGAGAUUGCUGUUGAAAGAUGGAUUGGGGGAUGGAAGUGGAGAGAAGAAGUAUGAGGCGCUAGAGAUCUUUGCGAGAAAUUUGACGGCUGGGUGGUGGGGUUGGGGGGAUGAGGUGUUGAAGUUUCAGGGCGAGGAGUGUUGGGUUGAUGGUGAUGUCAUGGAGGGUUGUGAUAGUGAUAAUAAUCAAAAAGAGGAAGAGUGAUAGAUA